UAUUGUAAUCGCGUUUCACUUCAGCGUGCUUCGUCUGAGCGCGAGGAGCGUUGCUAGUCUCUGUCUGCGUGCGUUUAGGGGUUUUUUUAGAUCACAGUGAUGAAUAUUGAUCAGAACAGGCCAUAUGUGUGCACUGCUCCUGGAUGCUCGCAGCGCUUUCAAAGAGAAGAUCACCUAAUAAUUCACAGACACAAACAUGAGAUGACACUUAAAUUCCCUUCUAUUAAGUGUGACAAUAUGCUUUCAGGUAAGGAUCAGACUCCAACUCCGACCCGUUUCUUACUGGACUGUGAGGAAGUAGGCCUCUUUACUGACCUGGAGCUUAACCAGUCACAGGUGGAGGAGGAGACAAAACCGAACUUUUCUGCUCAGGUGUCUGCUCAGAACCAGCUUCACACUGAGACACAACCACAGCAGGGUCAACAUCAUCAGUUUCGGCCUCAGCAACAGCAGCAGUGUGCUCUGGCCCAUCUGAACCAGAACCAGCUCCACACACACAGCUCACAGACUCAGUCUCAAUGCACUGCCACAUACUCUACUUCAAAUAAACAAUCUGCACCCAGCUGUCUGCACAGCACCCAAGCAAACACCAUGCCUGGGACAUUAUCCAUGAAUAUGGAGGCGCAGUUGUCAAUGAAUUCCAGUAUGAUUGGCAUACCAGGCCCCGCCCACUCUGGCUCAUGCUCCUCCCUUCAGAGGUCAAAGGUCAUACCAGUUCACAUCCAGCCUGCAGUUUCCAAUGGCAGUCAGAAUCCUCUUUGCCACAUGAUGGAGAUGAUGUUGUCACAACAGCACCCACUGUCGCAUUUACAAUCCUCAUCUCAUCAUCACACAUACCAGCAGCACUGCCACAGCCAAUCACCGCAAAGACUUGCACAUCAACGUCAAAGCCUAGACCAAUCACAUCACAGCCAUGCUCAUCACUCUCCACCCACGCACUUGCAUCCUGGCUCCUCCCACCAGACUGCCCCUCCCCUUUCACAUCAGCCAAUACCUACACAGAUGUCCUCCUCACCAAAACACACACACUGCCCGCAGUCUCCUCCCCAGCCGACCGCGAGCAGACGCCGACGGACAGCAGGAGAUGACCCUGAUGAGCGCAGACAGAAGUUUCUGGAGAGAAACAGAGCGGCUGCUACGCGGUGCAGACAGAAGAGAAAAGUCUGGGUAUCAUCGUUGGAGAGGAAGGCUGAGGAGCUUACACACACUAACUUACAGCUACAGAAUGAGGUGACAUCACUCAGGACAGAAGUCACUCAACUGAAGCAAAUUCUUCUUGCACAUAAAGACUGUCCUGUCUCUGUGAGACAGAGAGAAACACAGAGUGGAGUAAAUAGCCCAACAGGAAGUCCCGCCCAGCAACAUGCCAUUCAACACAAUAGCAUCUCAACCUCAACUUCGAAUCUAUCACACACUCACCUCACCACACACUCCCACCAUAACUAACAACACACAACUAUAACAUGCUUCUACAUAGACACAGAAUGAUGAGAACAGAAAAUAUAAUUCGUCUUCAGAGCCAUAUGGUCAGGGCCCCUAUAACCUAGGGUACCUUCAGUGCAAAAGCAAAACUGAACAGCAAAAUGUUUAUGACUAAAAGGGAAUGUAUGUAUCACUCUUUGCAGAAUAGAAUAAUUCAUCAGAAGUUUGUUUAUAUGUAUGGCCCUUGUCAUCUCAGGAAAUUAGCCGAGGGUCAGAUGGAUGUUUCCAGUGGUUUUAUUUAACCUCACUGUGAUUUAAUACAGUGCUGGAAAACAAACUGUCCAUUUACACUCACUAAAUUUAGUUUUCAUAUUAUCAAACCUGUCUCUCACCCUCUUUGUACCUCUAUCAGUCUUCUCACACUCCUCAUGCUUUUUACAGCUGAUCUUUCUCAGGGACACUCAUCUAGUUUACUCCUGGAGUAUGUGUGCAUAUUUGUGUGUAUGAGUGUUGUUUUUUGGCCACUUUCAGUGUAAAUGCUUUGCUAGCUUCAGUGACAGCUGUGUGUGCUAAAUCCUGAAACUAAUGGCAAGGCUGUGUGAAAUGCAUUGAAUCAGGGCAGUUGUAAAUCUGUAAUUGUAAAUAGGAAUCUCUAGUUUUAUAAAAGAAUGAUGAUGCAGCUAAAGCUUUUGUUACAUGUUUGUCUUCACUGUAAAUGUUGUCAGUGGCCCCUUGGCAAAUGAUCAGGUAUCACAUUACCUAAUGCUGAGUGUGUCGCAUGUGAAUUUUGGAUUGACAGAACAUGCAAGAUGCAUUUUAUACAGCCAAAUUCAGAAUCAUGUAUAGGAAUGAUGGUAAAGGACUUGUGUUUUACUAAUCGCACUCAUGGCACUAGGAAUGUCUUACAGUAUUCUCAAUACGCCAUAGCUACAUCAUUUCACACUUACUGGUUCAGAGACAAUCAAAAUGUCAGACAUUUCCUGGAAAUGACAUGCAAGCAUGUGUGCUAUCUCUUAUAACAAAUUCUAAGAUAAAGCAUUUAUAUGGCUAUUCAUUCUGUGGAAUAUGGAAUUAUGAAUCUGGAAAAAAAGAAUGUUUGUAAACACUGCAGGUUUAAACUUUUAUGCAUGUACAGUUUUUUUUUUUUUAAAUAUUUAUCUAUUUUUCUACACAUUUGUGGCCCUGUUUAAUUAAAGCACUUAAUAUCUGUA